UUAAAAUUCCCCCGAAAUUUAAUUACAUUUUAAGAGUAUCAAUUCAAUUAUUAUGUUAAAAUGCAAUACUUUGAUUCCAAUAAAUUUUUCAAAAGAGAUUAAUGAUUAUUUUUUAAAUUAUUAUACAAUAAAUCAAUGGGAAGAGAUUUGUUCCUCAUUAUCUAUACCGCCAUGUAUGACUUAUAUUCGUAUAUUAUCACAAAAUGAAAAUGAUAGAGAUAAUAUUUCAAUUAUAUUACAAGAAAUUAUAAAUGAGCAAUGUAAAAGUAAAGAAUGGGAUGAUAUUAAAAUUAUAAAACAUGAAAUUUUACCAGAUGUAUUAUAUAUACCAAUUUAUGGUCCUUUUAAUGAUAUUAUACCAUGUAAUAAAGAAAUUAUAGUGGAUAAAUCUACUGGAACUUCAAUUCUUCGUGGUGCUGAUAUAUUUGCGGUAAUGAUAUUUAAAUAAUUAAAAAUAAUAUAUGAAAUAAAGAAAACAUUUUAUACAUUUUAUAUAUAUAUAUUUAAUUCCAUUUGUAUAUACAAAUUUAUUUUUUUUUUUCUCUUUCAUCUUUCCCUUAUCCUAAAUUACCCUAAAUUACCAAAAUAUAUAGCCAGGUGUAUUGGCUGCUCGUCCAGGUAAAUCUUAAUUAAUUGUUAUUUUCUUUUUUUUU